UAUGAAAAAGCUUCAGAUAUUUACAGUUAUGGUGUAUUAAUGUGGGAAAUCUCUAGCGGGGUUCCUCCAUUUAAGGAAUUGAUUAGUAAAGGUGAUCAAGCAUUACUUCGUCUUUUUAUUAUUGAUGGAUAUCGUGAAAAUGUUAUAGAAGAGACCCCUGAAGAUUAUAAGAUGCUAUAUGAAAAAUGUUGGAAUUCUUUACCUGAUAAUCGGCCUAGUAUUAAAAAAGUUUUAGAAGA